AUGCCAGGAGACCGUGAGCCAGGAUACGUCGGAAAGUCUGGAGUUACGCACGCGGAGGCUGCAGUCGCCAAAAUUGAUGAUCUAGUUGACCUCUCCUCUCUUUCUGUGCCACUCGCACCAGGAGAAAAGUCGGAAGAUGGGAGCUACACUGCAGCUGAGCAAAGCAUCUCGCGCUUGCUGUCACUACCACCCGAAUUGAGACUUCAGAUCUAUUCAGCCCUUGCGGACGACAGCAUUGGCAACAGUAAAGUUCAACGCAAUGGCGGACGCAGCAGAAUGCGGGUGCUGUGGGCUGCAGCACCAUACGAAUUGUCACGACGGUCUGCAGCAGCGCAGCACGUCACGCAUUUGAUGGCCGUCUGCAGGCAAGUCAGAGCAGAGCUCUUGCCAGCUUACUUGCGUGGCUACAUUCUCAAAAUGCCGGCCUGGAACGAUGACUUCAAGCUCCAGUGCCUGUACUGGAUCGAUGGCGCAAGUGAGAACUUCAUUCGCAACCUGACCUGGAUCUGGCUAGAAGGUGUCUAUUGGCGGUUCUCGAUACAUUUCAUUCGGCGGGGAUUGGUUUUCCCAGAAUCGGUGGGGAGUGAUGAAGAUGCAAAGGCGACAGGGGAGGACUCUCACCAGUACGAUGAGACGGACCGCAUGCCCGGGAGAGGCUUCGUUCUGAGGAUGGACUCGGUCCGACAGAUGAGGUACCUUGCAGUGACUGCAGCCCGUGUCGUGUUCCAUGUGUUGGAGGAUGUCGCGGGAUGCAAAGGAGCGGAUGAGGUAGGGUUAACCAGGGAUGAGAUGAAGAGGGUUUUACAAGCAGCGGCGCUCUGUGCGGGCGAGCAGUUGAGGUCUAUUGGGCCCGAGAAUUUGGACAUUCGAACAGUGCUGCCUGUGGGGGAAUCAGGACGGCGUAUGUAG